CUGCAGCCUUGAAGUUGAUGCCACUUGGGUCUGUCAGCAGAGAAGCAGACAUAAGCUCAAAGAAAAUUAAUUUAUGAAGAGCAAUAGACCUGCAGUUAUGGAUGGUAACAUGGAAAGUGUCUGCUCCAGCAUUCCUGCUCAAACUGAGUCAGAUGCCACAGAUAUAAAGACCCACACAUCUGUCAUACUCAAUGGGAAAGCCAAGACGGGCGACUUCAGUGCAACACUGCCUCCAAAGAUCCAUCCACUCAGUAACACUGAGUUACUGACCCAGCCUCCCAUAUCGUCUGAGCAGAAGGGAGCUACUGAAGGAUUUUCCACAGAAGAGCCCAAGGCAGUUCCCCUGUCGACGGCCCAUUUGGCAACAAAUCUAGCCCCAGCUGACCAGUUAUGGAGCACCGGCAGAGAGCAGGCAGUGAGGCUGAGAAUGGAGGAAUCAGGGCCAGGCUCAGAGGCUCCCAUCACCGUCCAUCAGAUGUUCCUGGAGACAGUCGAGAAGUAUGGGAAUCAUCCAGCUUUGGUUUCCAAAAAAGAUGGCCAGUGGAUGACUCUAACCUGGAACCAAUACUACGAGCAGUGUCGUGCAGCUGCGAAAAGCUUUCUCAAGUUGGGGCUGGAGCGUUACCAUGGUGUAGGGAUUCUGGGAUUCAACUCCGCUGAGUGGUUCAUCUCAGACAUCGGCUGCAUCUUGGCCGGAGGGCUGGCAGCCGGGAUUUACACCACAAACUCACCAGAGGCCUGUCAGUAUGUGGCUGCCAACUGUGAGGCCAAUGUCCUGGUUGUGGAGAACCAGAAACAGCUCGACAAAAUCCUGCAGGUUAAAGAUCAUCUACCUCAUCUGAGAGCCAUUGUUCAGUACAAAGGCGAGCUACAGCAGAAAGCUCCGUUCCUGUAUACAUGGGAAGAGUUCAUGAAGCUGGGAGAGGAUGUGCCCGAUGAGCAGCUGAAUGCUGUGAUUGACAGUCUUCGGCCCAAUGAGUGCUGCACCCUCAUCUACACCUCUGGAACCACUGGCAACCCUAAAGGAGUCAUGUUGAGCCAUGACAAUAUAACAUGGACUGCCCAUGUGGGAUGUACCAUAUUAAAAGCAAAAGGCGGUGAGGAGAUCCUGGUCAGUUACCUGCCGCUCAGCCACGUCGCAGCCCAGAUGAUUGAUAUUUGGGUCUGCAUGGGCUUUGCUGGGACCAUCUACUUUGCAGAGCCAGAUGCCCUUAAAGGCUCUUUAGUAAACACACUUAAAGAGGUUCGCCCAACUUGUUUCCUGGGAGUUCCUCGUGUGUGGGAGAAGAUCGAGGAGAAGAUGAAAGCUGUGGGAGCCAAAGCAUCCCCAAUGAAGAAGAGAGUGGCAGGCUUUGCCAAGUCCAUUGGCCUGCAGUACAACUACAGUGUCAUGAACGGACAGAAUCAGGUGCCGUGGGGCUUCAUGCUGGCUAAUAAUCUGGUCUUCAAGAAGGUGCGUGCUGCUUUGGGCUUGGACCGCUGCAGAAUAUGCUGCACUGGAGCUGCACCGAUUACCAAAGACACACUGGAUUACUUCAUGAGCCUGAACAUCCCUUUGAAAGAGCUGUAUGGCAUGAGUGAAAGCUCUGGCCCUCACACCAUCUCUAUCGAUGAAUACCGCGUCACAAGCUGUGGAAAGGUGAUGAUAGGCUGUAAGAUAAAGCUGGUGAAUCCAGAUGCGGAUGGGAAUGGAGAGAUCUGUUUCUGGGGUCGUAAUAUCUUCAUGGGCUACCUGAACAUGCCAGACAAAACAGCAGAGGCUUUGGAUGAGGAUGGCUGGCUGCACACUGGAGACCUGGGAAGAUAUGAUGAACAAGACUUUCUGUAUAUCACAGGAAGGAUCAAGGAGCUCAUCAUCACUGCGGGUGGUGAGAACAUCCCUCCUGUCCCCAUUGAAGAUGCAGUGAAGUCUGAACUGCCCAUCAUCAGCAACGCCAUGCUAAUUGGAGACAAGCUCAAGUUCCUCUCCAUGCUGCUCACACUUAAAUGUGUCGUGGAUGACAAUGGCGAGCCCACAGAUGAGCUGAAUCAAGAGGCUUUGGAAUUUUGCCGACAGCACAGCGUAAAAGCAACCAAGGUGUCCGAGAUUAUAGCCAAUAAGGAGCCAGCUAUUUACAGUGCCAUUCAGGCUGGCAUUGAGCGUGUUAAUGCCCGAUCAACAUCCAAUGCCCAGAAAGUCCAGAAGUGGGUUAUAGUGGAACAAGACUUCUCCGUCACCGGAGGAGAGCUAGGACCCACCAUGAAACUGAGGAGGCCCAUUGUUGUGAAAAUGUACCAGGAGAAAAUAAAUGAAAUGUAUGCAGUGGCUGCAGGAAAACAAUAGAGUGCAUUGCACAGGGGUGAGAGGAGGUCAUGGGAUGUAUGGACAUACAUACUUUUUUGUAAAUAAAAGACAUAAGUCAGAGUCAAAAUUUUGCCAAACAUAUCACUCGAACAUGCCACAUAUAGACUGUAUGAUGACACAGAUACUGCUUGGUGUCUGUCAGUUUCUGAAGGAAAUAUCAUGAAUCAUAAAUCCCACUGUAGCUCAAAAGAUAUGUAAGAUAUGUAUUAUAUACCUGAAGCAGCUGUGUGUAUUUAAUGAUUUUUACAGCGUUAAUUGCCAGUUUCCUAAAGGUAAUCUCACCUGGCAAAGACUGGAGAUUAAAGCCAUUUUUAUAAUGUGAGAUGAAUAUCAGUAGUUUGAAUUUAUCCAAUCACACAUGUGCAAAUUGUAAACUUUACAUUUGUGCUUCUCCAUGUACAGUUUGACACAGUUUAAUAUUUAUUUUGAGAUAUUCAGUUCAAUUCAAUAUUAUUUAUAUAGCGCCAAAUCACGACAAA